AUGGGAGUUUUAUCUAAACCUUACAAUGUCACAUUUCAACUGAUAGCAUCUUAUUUAUCACAAUUGUACAUCAAUCCGAUUAGAACAAAAUCGAUGACAAGUUGUUUCCUCGCUGGUCUCGCUAAUUACAUGUCCCAAAAAAUAAUCCAUGGAAAAUUAGCAAACGAAGAUACAUUUUUGGCAUUUCUAAUAUUCGGCCUUUUGUUCGGUGGUUCAAUACCUCAUUAUUUCUAUAAGGUUAUAUCGAAUCAUUUGUUGAUCAAUUCGAAAAAUCCACUCUUGCAAUUGUUUCUCAUCGAAAGGAUAUUUUUCAUGCCUGCAUUUUCAUUUUUUUCACUCUACAUCAUAUCAAGAUUGGAAAAAAAAUCACAUGAGAAAUCAUUGGAGAGUGCUAUAAUUGCAUUUCCAUCUGUCGUCAAAACAAAUUUAAAAUAUUUAUCAUUGUUGCAAUUCAUAAACAUUUAUUUCGUUCCACCCGUGUUGAGAGUUUUGGUGACAAAUUUGAUUGAAACGAAACAAAUUCUUCACGGUGUCGAUGGAGAAUUUCGUUCUGGAGAAUUGACGGCCAUAAUGGGACCAUCCGGAGCUGGAAAAUCAACAUUACUCAACAUUCUAGCCGGUUACAAGUGA